GUGGAAAAUCAUCAAAACGCAGAGAAAAAGGAUUUACUUACCAACAUCGGAAUCUCCCACCCACGUUCUUGAGUAGUGCUAAGUUCGUCUAUGAAACCAAAGGAAAGACAAAACAAGACAAGGCAGCAAAGCCAUAUUAAGUAAAAUUCGAGACCUUCCUUGAAAGGCACUGCAGACACCUCCUGCUAGGCACAUUCAUUCACUCACUCACUAAUUGUUCUACCUCUCUUGAUCAGGUUUUUUUCUGAAUAGAAAUAUCAGCGAACGUUGAUCAGGCAUUUCUAUGAAUGAAUUAGGUUGAUGUUGACAGCAUUAGCAUUGAUAUCCACCACAAACAGAGAAGACGUGAACGUAGACGUAGACGCUGACGCUGUAGGCGAAGUAUAAUUAUCAAUUAUUCUUGACUCUUUCAAUUACAACAAAGUAGAAGCAAUGACUUUUUCUUCCCCCGAUCGAUUCCAGUGUUUCUUCCUCUGAAAACAAGAAAGGAAAAAUCAGCACCAUGAGGUCUAAUAAAGUCUGAUAAUGCAUAAGCAUUAAAUUGAACAUUCCUUGGCCCAAGUAGUAUUUUGCCAAAUUCUUCUACCCAAGUUCUAUUCAGGUGUUACUAUCCAAGUUGUACGAUCGCUAGUAACGCUAUCCAAGUUCUACUAAUCUAUCCCAGUAGUUGUUCAAAUAUAUAAGUUAAUAGUUCUGUUCUUCUUUGUUGAACAGCAACAGACCGCGAAAAGUGAUGACGUCUCGAAUCGGAUUCGGUGGGGCAGCCGUGGCCACUCUUUUGCCCCUACUCUUGGGCGGCAAGAACCAUCAGGCGCUCGCCCAAUGAAUGACCCUGCUGAGUCACCCAGCGCCCUCGUUUCUCUCGACGCCGCAAGGAAGCACCGGGUCGUGGCACCUCCAAAGCGUGUUUGCUGAAGUACAGCAGCCGCGUGGAAAUGUCGGAAUCUUGCUCGCCAUCGAGGACAACGCCCACACACGAGGGGACGUGGACCCCUAUCUAGCGGUGUACUCGGAGUUGCUGCAUCGGCUGUACCACGAGACGCGUGGCUACGACGUAAAGGUUGUCGUAAGCGCGGGAGGGGGGACUACUGGCAACAAGCUAUUACUUAUCGCAACCAACGCCGUAAAAAGGAUGGUGGAACUGACCCUGAAGCACAAACCCGAGAAUCUCGUGCUCUUAGAUGAGCAACAGAAGCAGCAAGAGGAACAACAGAAGCAUCUUCAUCAAGUAGUGGCUCCUCUUGGUACUUCUAGUACGUCGCCUAUUAUCAUUUCGUCAGACUAUUUCGAAAAGCUUUUUCGCCGCAAUACUAUACGCAAAGAUGAUGAUGGAAAUGAA